AUGGCAUCAGGUGGAAAUGAACGGUCGUCUAUUUCCCAUCACAAACAAGCGGGUGGGUACAAGCAGAAACUGUUCGAGAAAAGAAAACAUCUGAAGCAGCAUGUUGGUGACCAAAAACAAACAAAAACCGUGGAGCAUCUUUCGGAGACGGUCCUGAAUGGAUUUGAGGUGCUUUGGCGUCAGAACUUCCUCUGUGACCUGGCAGUUAUCACUAGGGAGAAAACGUUUCACGCUCACAAACUCGUACUUGUGUCGUGUUCAGACCACUUCUACGAUCACUUCGUUGAAAAGCGUGAUUUUACCCACGGGGACGAGUUGGUCAAUCUGGCCGACCUGGACUCAGCCAUAUUUGAGGCAAUUCUGGAAUGCAUGUACACUGGGAAAAUCAACCUUACAGAAGGUAACGUGGAGGAAAUAUUACGGGUCGCUACAAGUCUCGGAUUUUUCCUUAUACAGGAUGCAUGCGAGGAGUUCUUCAUGGACCACUUAGACCUUAAGAACUGUCUUCAAAUGCUUGAUACUGCAUUUAAGUAUAGUCUGAACAGACUGAGCGAUAAAGCCCUCGGACUCUCCGCCAAAAACUUUCGCUCAGUAACUAAGAGGCAGAAAUUCAAAGAUCUGCCAAUGGAACAAGUCGUAGCGCUUUACAAA